AUGCCUAAGCAAGCGAAGGCCACUGCUCUUGCACUGAUACCCAAACGGCCUCAUGCUCAGGAUAUUACAGAUUAUAGAUCUAUUUCACUCUUUUCAAAAGAUGUUUUUCUUAGCCGUUUGAUUGCCAAGGGCUUCCCUACUGCCUUUGUUUCUUGGAUCAAAGGCUGCAUCUCCGAUGUGCAUUUCUCUAUUUCUAUUAACAGGGCCCUUGAAGGUUACUUUAAUUCCUCCUCCGGCUUAAGGCAAGGGUGUCCCCUCUCACCUUAUCUUUUCUGCAUUAUAAUGGACAGUCUUUCUUCUUGUUUUGAGGAAGCCAACCUUAACAACUCAUUUAGAGGCAUUGAAGCUGGUAAUGCUACUUUUUCUCAUCUCCUAUACGCUGAUAAUCUGUUGGUUUUUGCCAUGGCCAAUGAGGGAAAUGCUCACUCCCUUAAUGUGAUUUUGGAUAACUUUGCUACUUUCUCUGGCUUGCAAGUGAGAGGUACUUUAAUCCCUAAAACCUGCAUCAAGAAAAUCAAUAGCUUAUGCUCAAGGUUUUUGUACUAUGGUGACAUACACAAGAUGAAGCUUCACAUGAUUUCAUGGAAAGAUACUUAUAAGCCUAAGACUGCCGGUGGGUUGGGCAUUCCUACCAUUGAGUCGUUGUACCAUGCAUUUGGCUGUAGAACUAUUUGGAGAUAUUGUUUAAAUGGUGGAAUGCUAAGCAUUAUUCUUUCUAGAAUUUCAGGACCUCUAAGAGCUCCUGUUAUUGGAAUUUUCUUUGUGAUGUUGCCAAAUCCUUAA